CGUUUUUGCAUCUGCAUACUCGUGACACAUUGAGACUUGUAUUUAUCGGAAGAAUUCAAACAUGCACUCUGUAUAGUGCAUAAUGAACAUGUUAAAAACACAUAAAAAGAACAGAGUUAAAUUUUGAUUUAGAAUUAUGGGUCAAACACUUUCAGAACCUGUUACAGUCAAGGAAUCUGCUUGCUGUCAGAAUUCCCUGUUUAGGGUCGGUUCAAGUUGUAUGCAAGGAUGGCGAAUAAACAUGGAAGAUUCACACACAAUCAUCCUUUCUCUCCCUGAUGAUCAGGAUGCUGCCUAUUUUGCAGUCUACGAUGGACAUGGGGGAGCGAACAUUGCCACUUAUGCUGGUAAACAUUUGCAUAAAUACAUUAUUAACAGGAGUGAGUACAAGGAGGGUAAUAUAUCUGAGGCUAUGAAGCAGGCAUUCUUGGAAUUGGAUAGGGUUAUGUUGGAGGAAGAGUCAUUGAAACAUGAACAAUCGGGAACUACUGCUGUCACAAUGUUGGUCAAGAAUAAUAAGUUGUUUUGUGCAAAUGUCGGAGAUUCAAGGGCUGUAGCCAGCAUUAAUGGCAAAGCAGAACCUUUAUCCAAAGAUCAUAAACCAAGCAACCAAGAAGAGCUUGAUAGAAUUACUGCCGCAGGUGGUUGGGUAAACAGUAAUAGGGUUAAUGGAAAUUUGGCCCUCUCUAGAGCACUUGGUGACUUUAUAUUUAAAAGGAAUGCUGAUAAAAGUCCAGAGGAACAAAUUGUCACAGCGUAUCCAGAAGUAGAAGAGCGUGAAUUGACACCAGAGUGGGAAUUUAUAGUAUUGGCGUGCGAUGGUAUCUGGGAUGUGAUGAGCAACGAAGACGUGAUCGCUUUCGUACGCAAAAACAUUGCGUUGGGCGUCGAUCCAGAGGAGAUAUGCGAAGAACUGAUGAUGCAGUGUUUGGCACCCGAUUGCGACAUGGCAGGACUCGGCUGUGAUAACAUGACAGUGGUGAUUGUGGCUCUGCUCCACGGAGGCACUUACGACGCCUUGCGCGACAAAUGCGCCAGUAGUCUGUCGCAGGAUGCGACGGGCACCGAUGCCGAAGCUAACGCAGAAGCCGCCCCAGAAGAAGCCAGCACCCGUUUGGGCGACGGUGAUGAUACCGAGGUUAAAGAACCUGUCGAAUGAACACUUUUACCUCUGUAUAUAUAAAAUCAUCUCGACCUCCCAACUCUGUUUUCAGAUUGUACAUAAAAUGUAUAUAAUAAUACUUUAUACCAUAAACAAUAUCAUGAGAAACUGUGAACUACAAUUUUAUGUUCCGAACGAAUUCAACAGCUGAUCGGAGCGCCUGGUCUAGUUUUCUAAUCGUUUUAUUAUAAUUAUUAUUAUUAAGGUUUUUUUUAACGUAUCUAACCUGCAUACAAAAAUGAAUUAAAUUUUCAUGAUCUACUGACAAUUCUUUCAACUGACAUUCGUUUGGUGUAUUGGAUUUGGAAAUGUUAUUGUUUAAACUCUUCAGAUAAAUUUCAGACUUCUUCAUGGGUUUUUAAUGCAUGAAGUUAAAAUAUCUUUAAACUACUAAAAAUUAUUGUAAUCUAUUCUGAAGUGAUUAAGCAACUAUUAAUAAAAUUAUUAUUUACUUUAAAAAUUAUAUUAUGUGAACAUAACUCGAAUGUUAAUUAGUGUUAAUAUGUAGUUAAGAUGAUUUGCCAAAGUCUCUCAAUAAAAUAUCAAAGUUUAAAGGCAUUUAACAGAAUUUUAUGUGGUUCCUGACAAUUCUUGUGUGCCCUUUAUAAUUAAGUGUUUACUGUUGCUGUGGCUUUGUGUAUUUCAUUUAUUCUUAAAUUUUUACACAACUCGAUCACUUUGGUACGUCAAUAGGAUUUCGUUUUGUACUUGUACUGUACUAGGUCAUUUAGUAAUGUAAACUUUUUUCGUGUAGACAUUUAUUAGAGUUUAAAGUGGCUGUUGAAAUGUUUUUAUUGUGGAAAUAAACUAUUAUUUUAA